ACUCGACGCUCCGCGGACAGCAGCGCACCGCGCACUCGGCUCGUCGCAAGCUCCGCAUUUCGCGCUCCGUUGGUUUUUUCUAUACCCGAGGAGAGAUCGGCAACGAGGCACUUAGCAAGCGCGACUCCUCGCAAGCUCGGCCGUAACCUAGAGACGCAGAAGAGGAGAAGAAAGGCAGAUUAGUCGCGAAAGCAAAGCAGCCGCGCUGUGCGACUCUACGCGGAAGCUCGCACGAAUCAUGACAGCCAGCCGGCCAAGUGUCACUCGCCCUUUGCCGCAGCAGCAUUGAUUCUCGGCAUCGAUCACACGGGCCUGAAGGGCGAAUGCAGCGGCGGUGUCGUGCCACCAAAAGUGCGACGAAGGACCGGCCGCCCAACGCAAGCAGUCCAACUCCUCAGCCAAACUACCUAACCUCUACCACCUGUUUUACCAUCGGAGCAACCUCGAAAGCAUUAUCAGCAAAGCCGACGUCUCGUUGGAUCUCCGCGAACGAUCCGAAAGCGAGUCACGAGUGCUGCAGGAGACACGGCUGCUCCGCGGCAGCCGCUCGACUCGACAGUUCGAAAAGUACUCCUAGCGACAGUUGGAUGAACGAGGGGGUUGCUUGGCUGGCAGCCUAUGCGCGGCCCCGUCGGUGAUGGACAAUGAGCAGCCCCACCAAGAGCUGGUCAAGUGCGUGGUCGUGGGCGACACGGCGGUCGGGAAGACCCGGCUGAUCUGCGCCCGAGCAUGCAACAAGCACGUUUCCCUGUCGCAACUGCUCACCACACACGUGCCCACUGUUUGGGCCAUUGAUCAGUACAGGAUCUACAAAGACGUGUUGGAGCGCUCCUGGGAGGUUGUCGACAAUGUGAACGUCUCGUUGCGACUAUGGGACACCUUCGGCGAUCACGAGAAAGAUCGGAGAUUCGCCUACGGCAGAUCAGACGUUGUGCUACUAUGCUUUUCCAUAACGAACCCCGUGUCGCUAAGAAACUGCAAGGCGAUGUGGUAUCCGGAGAUCCGUCGCUUUUGCCCCCACACUCCGGUACUGCUGGUAGGUUGCAAGAACGACCUGCGGUACAUGUACCGCGACGAGACCUACCUCAGCUACUUUCGCGAUCGAAGCCCCUUCGUCAGGGCGACGCGAAAGAGCGACCUGGUGAUGCCGGACCAGGCUCGAGCGGUAGCCCGAGAACUCGGCGUCUGCUACUACGAGACCAGCGUGUUCACCUACUACGGUGUCAACGAGGUCUUCGAGAACUCCAUAAGGGCAGCGCUGAUCGCUCGACGCCAGCAGAGGUUCUGGAUGACCAAUCUGAAAAGGGUUAAGAGACCCCUCCUACAGGCGCCGUUCUGUCCGCCGAAGCCGAUACCGCCGGAAGUCUGCCUGGCUCCGAGCACCUACGAGGAGAACAUCAAGUCCCUGUGGACGAGGCUCGACCACACUGACGUCACUCUCAUCGCCGGCAAUCACUCUUUCACCGCCCAUCGAUGCUUCCUCGCCGCUGCCUCGCCCGCCUUUCACAGGCUUUUCACUAUGGAACUCGUUCAGGAGUACACGCCCAGGAGCUCCAGCGAGUCCAGCAUGGUCAGUUCAUUCGGCGAGGCGACAGUCGGCGACUUUAACGAUGACACGGAGUGCCUGAUUCGCAUCGAUCAGAGUAAAACCAACAAGGUUUGGGAUCAGAUCAAGAGACGCUCGAGUUUUCAAGUACUGCCCACUCAAGAAACGCAGAGAAAGCCCAUCGGAGCCACGAGGGAACUCAAUCAUCCUGCCUUCCAAUGCAUACGCGUCGCUGUGGUUGAAAACAGCAACGGCGUUCAUCAACAAACGACCGUCGUAACACUGUCAAAGCUCAUCACGAGCCAAGCGAUGCAGCAGUGCCUGCAGUUCAUUUACACGGGAAAUCUGGACAAACGCUACCACGAUCUAAAAACAGCUCCUAUCGGGCUACUACUGGAGAUCAGACAGGCUGCCGAGUUUCUGGAACUGCCGCAACUGCUGAUGGUCCUCAACAACAUGCAGUCGCGGGAGCAGUACAUGAACAGCGACCUGAACAACCAGUUUAAGCAGAUCGUGAGACAGAGGCUGGAGACACUUUGUCUGGAACAAGGUCUUUUUGCUGACGUUGUGUUCGACCUGGACGACGGAAGCUUGUCAGCGCACAGGGCCAUUCUAACCGCGCGUUGCGACAUGAUGAAGGCCAUGUUCUCCGGUGACUUCCGCGAGAGCAGUGCCAAAAUUAUCGUCUUUCCAGGUGUGCGCGAGUACACGUUCCACAAGCUCCUCUGCUACCUGUACACGGACGAGGUACCAGCGAUAUCCUCUGCGAGGUGUCUGAACCUUUUGGAAUUGGCCAAUCGGCUCUGUCUACCGCGUCUGGUGAACCUCGUGGAGAACCGCGUGAUCGAGGACCUAGAGAGGCUAUCGCAAAACGACGGCAACGAGGCCGUGGAAAACUGUCUUCGACUGCUGGAACCGUGCAAGCUUCACAACGCGGACCAGCUGGCUGACUGGUGCAUGAACCACUUGUGCGUCAAUUAUAACAAACUCUGCAAGAUGUCGCCACGUAGUCUGCGACUUCUGCACCCGGAGAACCAGGAGUAUCUCAGCGAACAUCGCUGGCCUCCAGUUUGGUAUCUCAAGGACUACGACUACUACCAGAAGUGUUUGGCUGAGCAGGACCGCGAGAGCAAGCCCACCUUGAAGCGCAACCGCAACCAGUCGUCCAGCGGUUCAACCUCCAACUCUUCAUCCUCUGGCGGAUGUCUCUGCUUCUCGAGCUCCAACAAGUCUCGGCGCUCGACCUCGGGUGUGCUAACCACCUCGACGACGACAACGACGACCGUCGGCGAGGCCACACCCGAGCGGCCCCUGUUCGAGUCGGCCGUCAUCGACGCCGCUGCUGCCGGCGAAGCCGUAUGACAGGGGCCGAGCGGCCUGCGCCGCUCCGUCAGAUUCGUCCUCGUCCUGCCCGUGCUCCUCGUCUUUAUCGGCACGAUUUUUACCAUUUUGAUACUGCUACAGAUUUAUACUUAAGCGAGCCCUACUCCAAUAAUUUUUCUUUUCUUUACUUUUCAAGAAUCUUCCUUGCAGUUCUUUCUUUCAUUGUAUACUCUUUCAGUUUUUGUAUCGUGUGUAGCUUUAGUUUGCAAUUUUCGAUUACACGCCCUUUUUUAAAUACGCACGUUUCGUCGAGAGGCCGUUGCGGAUUAUUUUUUGCACCUGGUUUAACCGGGAGACAAAGAGUUCUGGCAUUCCAGUGUGAUGAUAACGAGAUAUGUGGUUCGAAGUUUUAGGAAGGAAUUUUAGAGAAAUGAAAGUGAUCGUCCCAUUUUUAAUCGCAAUAAAAGGAGAGUAUUAUAAACCGCGAGUCGGAGGAAAACAAUAAUUUUGAGAACGAUAAAGAUAAGUAUUUUUGUAAGGUUUUUGGAGACGCCACUAUGUAACAGACUGAUACACUCGUGUGUGUAUCGAAACGAAAGAGAAUUUCACGAGCUAAAUCGCGAGGACUGAAAAGGAGAAGCAUUAAAUAUUUUGGGGAAUUGACCGACGAUUAAUUUUUUAUAUAAUAUAUUUGUGAUCGAUUGUGUAUUUGUCUUAGCGGAGCAUAUUAAAAAAAAAAAAAGAAUUAUGAUGACAAAACCGCGUCGAGAUGGCGCGCACGUACGUACGUAAGGUUAUACCUAAACAAAAUUAUGCGCUCUUCAAUCAACUUUGUAUAACGGAAGAAAAAAAAUUACAUUACGUAUGAAUAUAAAUUAUACCAAGAAAGGCUAAAUGUUUAUUUAGGAUCGCGAGAUUACGUACCUGCCCGGUUGUAAUCGCACUCGUAGAUUAUCCUCGUUAUCGUGUCCUUUGUAAUCGAUUGGAAUACAAUGUGGGUGAAAGCAUAUCAGAUGAUUAAAAACCUAAUCCGAAAAGAUAAAGUAUAUGAAGAAGAUACAUUUACACACACCAGUGAAAUUAUUGUACACGUAACGUGAAGAAUACACACAAACACACAGAGACACACACUUUGAAUUAGCGAUUAUCCUCUGACUGUAACGAUGGAAGAAGAAAAAAAAUGGUAAAAGAAAAAAAUUUCUAGAGGUGCUAAUAGUGACUCGUAAACCGUCAAAAUCAUUACUGAUUUCUCCUUAUUCAGUCACCGGUUGACUUACGAUUCGACAAGUAUGAGUACAUGCAUUAUAUAUUUUUAUGUGUGAAGAAGCAAGCAAAGGUUCCGCAUAUUCAAUUAUAGGUUUACGACGACGUAAUGUGCAAUACAAGGAGUAUAAGAGUAUUAUAAGAAUUUUGUACGUAACUCUUAAUAAAACAUUCGUCCUUAAAAGCAAUAUA